AUGGCAGAAGCGAACCCAGACAUCGCUGGCUUGACCGCCUUGGUCCAGCAACUCCUGGCCGAGCGCGAGCUCGACCGUCGCGAGCGGGACCAGGUCGCACUCGAACUCGAGCGCGCACGUCAGGCUGCUGGGCCAGUUCCCUCGGUCAUUCAGCCCACUCUUCCUAAGAUAGGAGGCAUCUCGAACGGUGUGGUGUGGGUAGGUGGAGAACCUAAUGUCUCCUGGACAGAAACCAAGAACUUGGAGCCGCGUUCGGCUUACUGUCGUCGCCAUACUACUGACAAAGACCUCAAGGUUUUGGAGUAUAUGUUAAAACCGCAUGUCCCGAAGUUCAAGCGCGAUGACCCUUUGUUUCCGCUUGUGUCCUUUGCGUCAGACGUCGAAACCCAUAUGGAACUCACUGGGAUGGACUCAGUUUUCUGGUUUGCGGAUCCAACGGAUUCCACCCAGAUGCUCAAUGUCUUCACUUCUCAUUCGCGUUUCCCCGAGAAUUAUGUGGCUCAAGAAGUUUCGCGGAAAGUCAAGAACGGCAUCUACGAUAAGUACGAUAUUCAAAAUUUGGAGUUUUCGGCUAACUAUCUGCGUGAAUCUCUGGAUGUUACGCUUCGAGGAGACAUUCGUGGUUUGCUUCGCGCUAAGAUCACGGGUCCAGAGCUCUUCAUGACUGUCGUGUCAGAAAUUCAGUCGUCUUCGGUGCGCUCCUAUCGUGCGAAAGAACGCCAACUUGAAUCGAUGAGUCUCAAGACUUAUCCCGGCGAGAAUGUGAAAACUCUCACGCGCGAUAUUGCAAACAUUUGCGACGAAUUGGACCGAGCUGGACGUCUUCCUGAAGACAUCAUACUUACGAUCGUAAAUAUUUACGCCAAGUCGUCCGUCGAGGAAUUUCGCAUCUACUUCAUUGGUCGUCGUGUUGAAGUUGAACGCUUUCUAAAGAAAUCUUCAGGGAAAAGUCAAGACGUGGUUCGCGCUAUGGAUGACUACAUUGGUUACAAGGAAAUGGGCCUAGAGGCCAAUAGUCAGUAUCAAAGUCUAAUUGAUUCGGGUAAUUAUGGUCCGGCUGCCACAGCCAACGACACCGGGGAUGCUCCCCACGCCUAUAUGACUAAAACGGAAACCGAUGCUUUGAUUCAACAGAAACUCAAGCCCUCCACGCGCGACACCUCGACUAUCAAGUGUUUCAAAUGUGGAAAAAUGGGCCAUUUUGCCAAUAAGUGCCCGGAUAAUGCUGGGCCAUCCGGUGUGCCGGCUCCGACCGGAGCUCCUAAUUGGAAGAAAGUCGCCCCAGCGGCUACGGACGAACAGACUAAAACUGUUGAAGAAGUCAAGUACUAUUGGUGCGAUCAUCCUAAUUGUAAGCGCUGGAACCCGUCGCAUUUGACGGAUAGCCACGGUCGUCGCGAUACGGACGGGAAUCUACUUCAGGAAGAAGCCAACGCGGCAGUCGACGUCGCUACGGAAACUCCGUCGGGAAACUUGGGAGCCUGGUAA